AUGUCAGCCGGAUCAAACGCUUCCCCACCCUUUGAGCAUCCAGUACAACCUGAUAGUGUUGAACUAUUUAUUGAUACUCUCAGCCUUCAAUUCGGGCUUACACCAGAACGCCACAAUGAUCUACACCUUUUAUACUCUCUUGGAGCUGAGCAACAGAUUCCGUUAGAUCGCGCUUCUGCUCUGACUGGGAUAUUUGCACUUGCGUGUCAAUUUUCCGUUGAACAGAAGAUUCUCACCGCAUUUGCAUCAGUCAAUGGUAGCCUGGGAGGACUAGAUCUAAAGGGAACAUUUAAAGAGCUACAAAUCCGCCUGCAGAAAACAUGGGAAAUUACAAAAAAUCAGAAGGAGGACCUUCGACACUUAUCGCAGCAGCAUAUAUACAUGCCCAAGCGCACAUGCUUCAAGCUUCUCCAUGUUGACGUUGAGGCUGAAGUUAGCAAAGAUGCCUCAAAGUAUUCGAUGCAAAAUAUAUUCGGCAAACCCGCUCGUGAGCUACGCUGGAGGUCAGAAGCAAAACGGGUGGCAUCAAGCGUUCGGAAUGCAUUCCGACAAGAUAUUCGUGACAGCUUGUUUGGUCGCAAACGCUGCAGCCUCAAAAGGUUUACACAAGCAUGUGCAGACAAAUAUCAUCAUGGGACACUGUCAGGCAGUCAAGAAGUCGAAUAUCAGAUACGAAAUGUUCUUUUGAGAAGAUUUGCAUACGAAAAUAAAGAGCUUCUUGGCAAGGAAGAAAGCUUUCAAGAUGACACCGAAGACAACGACUCUCACGCAGUAACGGGUAAUAAGCGUCAAAAGGGUCUAAAAACGGUGGGUCGUAUUCCGAACGGGGAUGACUUUUGGGCCCAAGCAGAUGAUUGGUUUGAGAAGGGCUUUGAGCUGCGGGGUCAGAGCUUUACGACGGAUGCAUGGAAAGAAUAUAUUGAUGAAUCAAGGUCUCUCGAUGACGAAUGGCAUAAAAAUAAUGGACGCAGCAGACAGCAGAUCACCGACAGCAGUUCCACAUCCGACCAAUUUCCAGAGUUUACGCAAAGAUCAGUGCACAAUCGUUCUUCAUCCCCUGACUUUACAACACAAACUUUACCACUGAAUUCAACGUCCUCCUCACUUCCAACUCAAUCCAGUACAUUUCUGGAACAGUCUUCAUCACGACACACACAUAGCUCUAUGGCCCGAACCUCUAUAGUACAACAAUAUCUUUAUAAUAAUCGUGGUCCGGAUUAUCAGUUUUCCGGAGUAGAGAAGAACAGUCGAGAUGGGCAGGAAGGAUUGUUGGGUGCAAGUAGAAGUACCAUGAUUUUAAAAUAUUCUUAA